GAUCUCACAACAGCAGAACUGAAUAAGAAGUUAGCUGAAAUCACAACUUUUUCAAACAAUCAGGCCGAGCAAAUUGCUCUCCUGGAAUCAUCUCAAACCCCCGUUGUCGCCGAAAAGAUGCCUCAGCUUGAAGAAGCUAAAUCGAAAAUAUCCGAGCUUGAAUCACAGGUACAAAACCUUCAGCAAUCAUCCGGCCACGAACAAGAGUCUGAACGUGUUAAGCAACUUGAACUGGAGGUAACAAAACUUCGCUGCAAUAUUGAACGACAGGAGCAUAUCAUAGCCACCUUGGAGAAAUCCGCUCAAUCUCAAAACGCAAAAACGGGAUUCCGAAGCUAUAGCAAAUGUUCAAUUUAA